AUGAUACAACUAUCUAAUAAUCAACCAUUAACUACUUCAACAACAAAUAUAAUAAAAAAUAAUCAUGAUUUAAAACAUAUAUCAUCACCAAAAUUAAGUGCUAAAACUUCAACUACGGAAUUCCCUGAUUCAUCUCCAUCAUCAAUAUCUACUACUUCAAUUUCAAGUAAAGAAGAUCAACUUUUAUUGAAUGGUAAACAACAACAACCACCAGUACCAUCAUCUCCACAACAACAUAACCAAUCAAAUCCAAAUUCAAAUUUCAUAGAGGAUGAAAAAAUCAAACAGAAUCGAUCUUCAAUAAAAUCAACACAAUCAAUAAAAGACGGCAAUAUGAUCAAUAAUUAUCCUUAUCAAAAUUAUGAACUAGGGAAUAAUCAUAACAACACAGAUGAUUCAAUUUCAAUAAUACAAAAUAAUUCAGCUCAAUCAACUAUAAAUUAUUCUCAUUCAAUAACAACAAAUGAAACUUUAAAAUUACCAUUACCACAAUUAACAUCAAAAAAUUUAAAACAACAAGAUGAAAAUAAUUUAAAUUUUAAUUUAAAUUCUUCUUCAUUAACUUCUUCAAAAUCAAAUAAUAAUGAUCAUUAUUCAAUAAAUGGUUCAACAAAUAAUUUAAAUCUAAGGACUCAUCAAACUCUUAGUCCUCAUUUACCAAUAAAUAAUGAAUCAAAUGAUAACACCCAUAAUAACAACAAUAAUUCGCCAUCAACUCCUACCUCUUUUAAAGGAUCAAGAUCAGAAGUAUCUGAUUUAUCUCAUGAUACAAUACCUUCAUCAAUAGAAAAUUUAGAUGAUGAUAAUGAUUUAGAUUCAAUCAAUCAACCAACUAUAAUAAAUUCAAGAAUUAUUGAAACUCCUUCUGGUGAACAUUCUCAAUUUCAAUUUCAAUUACAUUUUAAUAAUUCAAAUAAUACCGGUAGUAAUGGCAAUAUUAAUUCUAAAGCUCCAAGAGUCUCAUUAGAUAGUAAUAUUGGGCCAUUAGAAAUUGAUUCAUAUUUUAAAAAUACUUUAACCAAUAAUAAGAAUAAAACUGAUAAUGAUGAAGCAACUAUUAAAGAAUCACCAUUAGAAAUGAACAAAACAAAUCAAAAUUCCCAACAAAGUAAGGAAUCAUUACAACCUAUAGAAUCAUCACAAUUAAAAACAUCGAUACUGAAAAAUGAAAUUCCAAAAAAAAGUCAUAUUGUAACAAAUGCAUCAAAUAAUCCAUCAUUAGAAAAACCAAUUUCAAAUCGUCGUCAUACUUCACCAUCUACCAAUAUUUUACUUAAAAGAUCUUCAACAACUUCUGAAAACAACAACAUUGACAAAAAAUCAACUAAAUUUUCAAUUGAUACAUCAACAAAUUUAUCAAGAAAAUCAUUAAAUAUAGAAAGAAGACCAACUCAAAGUAAAACUUUCCCCAUUUCAUCAAUAAGAUCAUCAUCACACUAUGAUUUACCAAGAACAUCAGGAUCUGAUUUUAAAAGAAUGAGAGAUUCAAUAGUUCAUAGAAAAAAUCAUACCACCAGCAAAAAACAAAAUUUAUUAGAUGAUGAUAAAGUAAUAGUUGGAAAUAAAAUAAGUGAAGGACAUGAAAAUUUUGUAAUGGCAUAUAAUAUGUUAACAGGUAUAAGAGUAGCAGUUAGUAGAUGUUCAGGAGUAAUGAGACGAUUAAAUGAUGAAAAUUUUAAAAAUUAUCAAAAAUUAAGUUUUAAUGUUGAAGGAAAUGAAUUAACUCCAAGUUCAAAAUAUGAUUUUAAAUUUAAAGAUUAUUGUCCUGAAGUAUUUAGAGAAUUAAGAGCAUGUUUUGGUAUUGAUCCUGCUGAUUAUUUAAUUUCUAUAACUGGAAAAUAUAUAUUAUCAGAAUUAGGUUCACCAGGAAAAUCAGGAUCAUUUUUUUAUUAUUCAAGAGAUUAUAGAUUUAUUAUAAAAACUAUACAUCAUUCUGAACAUAAACAAUUAUUAAAAAUGUUAAAACCUUAUUAUGAACAUGUUAAACAAAAUCCAAAUACUUUGUUAUCACAAUUUUAUGGAUUACAUAGAGUUAAAAUGUCAAUGUUUGGUAGAAAAUCAAAAAAAGUUCAUUUUGUUGUAAUGAAUAAUUUAUUCCCACCACAUAAAGGAAUUCAUAUAAAAUAUGAUUUAAAAGGUUCAACAUGGGGUAGAUUUACCACUGUGAAACCCGAAGAUUUGAAAAAACAUGAAUUAUCACAAUAUACAUUAAAAGAUCAAAAUUGGUUAAUCAACAAGGAAAAAAUUAAAUUUGGACCUGAAAAAAGAUCAAUUUUUUUAAAUCAAUUAGAAAAAGAUGUUUCUUUAUUAAAAAAAGUAAAUGUAAUGGAUUAUUCUUUAUUAUUAGGUAUUCAUGAUGUUAAAAAGGGUAAAAAUGAUCAAGAUAAUAUAGGAAAUAAAUUAUCAGUAUUUGAACCAAAAUCAACAAAAAAAUCAGCAAUAAUAAAUACAAAUCCAAGAGAUAUAAAUAGAUUAGAAGAUUUACCAAAUGAUGUAUUUCCUGGUAGAUCAAAAUAUAUAUUUUAUGGACAUGAUGGUGGUAUAAGAGCAACUAAUAUAGAAAAUUUACCAAUGGGAGAAAUUUAUUAUUUAGGUAUAAUUGAUUGUUUAACAAAUUAUAAUUUUAAAAAAUGGUUAGAAACUUUUUUUAGAUCUUUUGCUCAUCCAAAAUCUCAAAUUUCUGCUAUACCUUCAAAAGAUUAUGGUGAUAGAUUUUAUAAUUUUAUUAAAAAUGGUAUUACUAAUGAUAAACAAAAACAAAAUUGA